CCCUCCCCCUUGGCGGGCGCUCACAGGCCGCACGGGCAGCGCGAGCCCCGGAGCCCCGGCGGCCUGUGCGCCGGGAGCCGGCAUGGACCCCGAGCGCUGCGCGCCUUUCGGCGUGGGGCCCGCGCCCGGCCCCUACGCGGCCGCGGGGGACGAGCCGCCCGGCCCCCAGGGGACCCCCGCUGGCGCGCCUCACCUGCACCCCGCGCCGCCCCGCGGCCCCCGCCUGACCCGUUUUCCGGCCUGCGGGCCCUUGGAGCCCUACCUCCCAGAGCCGGCCAAGCCGCCCGCCAAGUACCUGCAGGACCUCGGGCCCGGCCCGGCGCUCAACGGCAGCCACUUCUACGAGGGCCCCGCGGAAGCCGAGGAGAAGGCCUCCAAAGCUGCCAGCUUCCCCCAGCUGCCCUUGGACUGCCGAGGGGGGCCCAGAGACGGGGCCUCUAACUUGCAAGGCUCCCCAGGCCCUUGUCUGGCCAGCCUGCGGGUCCCUCUGUCCCCGGGACUGCCUGACUCCAUGGAGUUGGCCAAGAACAAGAGCAAGAAGCGCCGUAACCGCACGACCUUCAGCACGUUCCAGCUGGAAGAGCUGGAGAGAGUCUUCCAGAAAACCCACUACCCUGAUGUGUAUGCCCGGGAGCAGCUGGCUCUGCGAACGGACCUCACCGAGGCCCGGGUACAGGUCUGGUUCCAGAACCGCAGAGCGAAGUGGCGGAAGCGUGAGCGCUACGGGAAGAUCCAGGAGGGGCGGAACCCCUUCACAUCUGCCUAUGACAUCUCUGUGCUGCCCCGAACAGACAGCCACCCGCAGCUGCAGAACUCCCUGUGGCCCAGUCCAGGGUCCGGGAGCCCCCCCGGCCCCUGCCUCGUGUCUCCAGAGGGCAUGCCCUCCCCGUGCAUGUCUCCAUACUCCCACUCUCAUGGGAAUGUGGCUGGCUUCAUGGGGGUGCCAGCCUCCCCCGGAGCCCACCCUGGCAUCUACUCCAUCCAUGGCUUCUCCCCUGCCCUGGGGGGCCACAGCUUUGAGCCUACCCCAGAUGGCGACUAUAAGUCUCCAAGCCUCAUCUCGCUCAGGGUGAAGUCCAAGGAGCCACCCAGCCUACUGAACUGGACCACGUGAUCGGGUGCGUGGACAUGCAGACUAAGCUGCCCACCCCCCUUUUUCUGUUCCCAGCUGCUCCCACCCCACCCCAGCCUGGAUGCCAGAGAGGGCACACCUCUGCCUCCAAGCCCCAGUCGGUUCCCGGAGGCCCAGGCAGAGCAGCUGGGAUCCUCAGCCUCCCACAGGGAACAAGCUAGAGUUUUUUUUUUUCUCUUAAAAUAAGGUGGGACUGCUCAGGACAAAGGGGGCUGCAAAGCAGGUAGGACUCUUCCUACCACACACUGGGUCGGUCCCUUCAUCCGACUCUGGGCUGGAGGGAGGAAGACACUGCCCUGCUUCCUUCAGAUUUUGUCCAAGUUUAAGUGUCAUCCCUCCAGCUGAAAUGGCUGAAUUGGUUCCUCAUUCAGGGAACCCAGGA